CGCAAUACAGACAAUUUGCAUAUUUUGUCCUACUCCAUCGAAACACACACCACACGCGUUCGUUUAUCGUUUACCCAUGUACAUUCAACAGUUAACGAGAGUUGUCAACAGUAGCUCCCAGCGGUACUGAAGCCGAUACUGUGAUUGGAAUCAGGAAACCCUAAAUUGAGUCAAUAGCAUGCAGCAGGGAGGAGGAUCCGACACGGAAGUGACAUGGGAGGACCAGCAGAACAUCAAUAAGUUCGGAAGAUUGAACAAUCGCUUUCAUGAGCUCGAGGAUGAGAUCAAAAUCGCCAAGGAAACAAAUGAUAAUUUGGAAGAUGCGAGCAAUGAGUUGAUUCUCACAGAUGAAGAUGUGGUUCGGUUUCAAAUAGGUGAGGUCUUUGCACAUGUGCCAAAGGAUGAAGUCGAGAAUAGGAUAGAAAACAUGAAGGAGGUGACAAGCCAGAAACUGACAAAGCUUGACGAGGAGAAACAAUCUGUGGUUGCUCAGAUGGCUGAACUGAAGAAGAUUUUGUAUGGGAAGUUCAAGGACUCGAUCAAUCUUGAGGAGGAUUAGUAGCCUUUUGUUCAUAGGUCUUUUUGGGUUGAUUUGAACUCUAUUGGACUUUCGGGAAUUUUUCAAUCAGAUUGUCCCAUGUUUUAUUUCAUUUCAUGUUUAGAGUAUUUUCUUGGUUGUAAUCUAGUGGAAAUGGACCUCCUCUUCUGCAUGUCUUUGGUUUCAUUAUUCUCUGUCAUUUUCUUCUCUAGUUGAUCGAUCCUAAGGAAAAUCUUUAAUCACCUUUGUUGAUUAUGACUAUGAAAAAUCUGUCACUUUGGAUAAGUAACAGCGAGAGCGGCAUGUGUUUUAGUUACAUUACUCUUAAAUCUUGCUGAGAUAGAAGUGGCUGUCAUUUGAAAAAAUAAAAUAAAAUAAAUUGUGUCGAGCAUUGACUGGUACGCUUUUCAGACAAAUAUAAAUUGUCGUUUCAUUUCAGUAAUUCAGUUGAUUGAUAUGUUCAACAA